GGCAAUUGCAAUUACCUGCUCGUCGAUAGAUAGGUGGUGCUAGCGAUCAUGAUAUGCUCGUAACACAUGGACGCUCUCGAGGUAGGGGGGCCAACAGAGUCUCGGCGACUUAGCGCAGCGCAGAUUGACCGAGUUAGUCGCAGGAACAGUGUUGAUGUCAGUCAAGUACUGUGCCGCAGCAGUGAGGUUCGGGAACGACUGAGCCAGGUAUAGAGCAAGGGUGCUAAGUUGAUAUCUCAACCCCGCCUCACUGUUCUCUACUAUGACAAAGCCCUUUAAUGAUUAGCCACACACGCGCCUAGAUGUAUGCGGAGUUUUUUUACAGCCCUCCGCAACACCUGUAAACAAGAUCAGGUAAUCGCAGCCGAUCCAGCUCCAGAGCCGUCGCCAUCCCUCCUUUCGUUGAUCAAGCCUGCCGCUGCAAUAGGGCGCCGCGGAAGUCGUGUCUCGUUUAACACAAUCGUCCAAGUAUCUUUUAAACCCGCCGUUGGAGCACAGGAAGGCGAAAAAAGCAGCGGUCACACGCCAGAUCAGAUGGCGGACGCGGAGGCCAGAUUGGAAACCACACUGGAAGACGAGGAGAAAUUGCAGAUUGAGUCUAGGCAAGAAAAAUCAUUCCGUGGUGAAGUUGUGUGCGUAACCUUCUAGUAGAGACUUUUCAUUUUGUAGUACGAUUGCGCAGCAAUUUAUUUUAGAAGUGCGUUUUUGAGUGCUGCAGCCAAAAACGCGCUUCACUCAGAGAUGCAGCGCAGGGACUGAAAAUUAUCGCUGCUCCACAUGAUCUUCACGUUUGUGUUGCAUAAAGGCCGAUGAUGAGUUAGUUGACGCGACGUACGCCGAUCGACCAUCCGAGAAUGAGGCGACCCCUCAGCCAACCGCAAACGGGAAGAGUGGGGGCAUCGUGGCGAAUGCUGGCACCGCAAAGGUGUGUCUACCAAUCACGGUGGAGACGCGCUCUUCCUCCCGCAGCAGUGCGUCCUCUUUCGGAGAAAUUUCUUCGGACGGCAGCGCACAGCACCGAAAGAAUACGUCUAUCAACGCGAAGAACAAAAAACCGAUCGCACCUGCUACCGUGGCUGCGAACGAGACAGCACCUGCCGGACCGCUGCCCACGUCAAGGGAGCAGGCAGCGGGCUCCGGCGGGGGGAACGCAGAGCCUGAGGUCGUGGCUGCGGGAAUCACGGUCUCCAACAUUCGGCCUGUCGAUGAUGGUGGAUCCUCGUUCUCGUCGUCUAGCACGGAGUCGCGGAUCUCGUCGAAGGGCAGCAUGCCGCCAUCUCCCCCGCGGGAGGAGGAGAACGCGCCGGAGCGGAAUGUACUUUAUCGCAGUGCGAGCGCAG